GGAAAGGAGAGAGUGAGGAAGGGGAAGGAAGAAAGAAGCAGAGGAAGGAAAGGGGGGAAAAAACCCAAACAGACAGAGACAGAGAAUGAGAGAGAUCGCGGGAGACGGGAGAGUGAAGGAUCGGAAGGAGGGGGGAUAUAAAAGCCAGAUUUUUAUUGGAAGCAAUUGACGUGGUUGCUAUGAGACCCGCUCCAGCACAGGACCAGCAGCCAGCCCGGCGCUGAUGGUUCUUACCUCCUACUAAACCUUUCUUUGACACAGUUUUAGAGUUGCUUAAUAUCUGAGCGAGCACCUGACACGGGCGACUUUUUCUUUCUUUUUUCUCCUCCCGUCUCUCGGGUAAGAUGGAGGUAGAAAGCGAAGCCAGCUGCUCCCCCAGCCGUGCAUCAGGCGGGUCCAGAGAGUACAAGGUGGUAAUGCUGGGAGCUGGGGGAGUUGGUAAAAGCGCAAUGACAAUGCAGUUUAUUAGUCAUCAGUUUCCUGAUUAUCAUGACCCCACUAUUGAAGAUGCUUAUAAGACCCAGGUUAGAAUUGACAAUGAGCCAGCUUAUUUGGACAUUUUGGACACUGCUGGUCAGGCAGAAUUCACAGCCAUGCGGGAGCAGUAUAUGCGAGGUGGAGAGGGAUUCAUCAUCUGUUACUCUGUCACUGACCGCCAGUCAUUCCAGGAAGCUGCCAAGUUUAAAGAGCUCAUUUUUCAAGUCCGCCACACCUAUGAAAUUCCCUUGGUGCUGGUGGGUAACAAAAUUGACCUAGAACAGUUCCGCCAGGUAUCUACAGAAGAAGGCUUGAGUCUGGCCAGGGAAUAUAACUGUGCUUUUUUUGAGACUUCUGCAGCCCUCAGAUUCUGCAUUGAUGACGCCUUUCACGGUCUAGUGAGGGAAAUCCGCAAGAAAGAGUCCAUGCCAUCCUUGAUGGAAAAGAAACUGAAGAGAAAAGACAGCCUAUGGAAGAAGUUAAAAGGCUCAUUGAAGAAGAAGAAAGAAAGCACGACAUGAUAUCCUUGCUUCUAACUCCCUUAUUCUCUUUCUGAAUUUUAUCAGUUGGACAAUUCCAUGUGUUGCAUUUGGCUUCAAUAUUUUCUGUCUCUCUCUCUCCUUCUUUUUAAAUAUCUGCCUAUAGGUAAAAGCAAGAUCUGCAUAACUGUACCUCUUGAGAUAGUUUUGUUUUGCCCUUAACAGUUGGAUGGAUUUUGUCAAUCAGCUGGAUAUGCUGUUUAAGUUUUUACAAUAUAUUACUAAAUAAAAUUGACAUUCCAAUUGCCUCA